UCGACCAAUCAGGUGGAGCUGGGUAACGGCUGCAGUUUGAAUCUCCCCCGGAAAGCAGCGGUCGAUGACAGGCGUGUGUUUCGGUCGUAAACAAGGAUUCCCGGUUCGUUUUUUCCCCUCCAACAGGCCGCAGUUUUCUCCCCCACCCCGAGGAUUUUAAACUGAAGCAAAAAUGUCCAAAAAUCAGAUUUUCUACUCUGACAAAUACAACGACGAAGAGUUCGAGUACAGGCAUGUGGUUCUUCCAAAGCAGCUGUCGAAGCUGGUGCCCUCCUCCCACCUGAUGUCGGAGGAGGAGUGGAGGGGAAUAGGGGUCCAACAGAGCAAGGGCUGGAUUCACUACAUGAUCCACAAACCAGAACCCCACAUCCUGCUUUUCAGAAGGCCUCUUCCAAAGGAGUAGAAGGAAGCAUCUAGAAAAGGCUCUUCUGUGCUCCUGAAGGAGCCAGAGUCUCCUUCACAUGUGCGCCGGCGUCUCCACAAAUGUUUCUGAUGUGUGGAAAAGCUGUGGCUGGUGGGCGCAUCUGUUCUGUCCCAUUCUCUUCGGUUUCAUGGGAAACAUGACUUGAUUCCACGGUGAAUGUGACCAAUGUGAAGCUUAGUGCCUGUCAGUUAAACGUAAAAACACUUUUGAAAUGUAUUUCAGUGUUGAUUUCCCAUCAGUACAGAAAAGCUUUAUUUUGAAAAGGCCCAUUGGGGCUUUUUUUUUUCAGAAUAAAGUUUGAUGUCUGUCUUCUUUAUAUGUUUUGUUGUGUUGGCUGUUUCUGUUGUUGCUGGGCUGUAUCCGGUGAGUCUUAGUUUGUUGUUACUCAAGCAGGAAAAUAAAUAUUAUUUAUUAAACUUG